AUGUCCACCAGCAUCACUUCGAACUCUUCAUUCGACUUCGACGCCACAGCCGAGGCAGUCGCAGCCGCCCUUUCCUCUCAUAUCGAUGGUAGGACCAUCCUCACCACCGGCGUCACGCCGGCUGGUCUAGGCGCCGGUUUCGCCUCGGUAGUCGCGGCACACAACCCCAGGCUCCUCGUCCUCGCGGGCCGCAACCCCUCGAAGCUCACCGAGUGCGUCAAAGAUAUCGAAAUCGCUCACCCGGGCGUGAAGACGCGCACCCUCGAACUUGACCUGGCAUCGCAGGCGUCGGUGCGUAAGGCGGCGGAAGAGGUGCUCUCAUGGCCGGAGCCAGUCGACAUACUCGUUAACAACGCCGCCAUAAUGGCCUGCCCAUACCAGAAGACCGCCGAUGGUUUGGAGAUGCAGUUCGGCACGAAUCACCUGGGACCUCGUGUGGUCAACGUCAGCAGUGCCGCACACCGAUUCAGUGACAUCCGCUGGGAUGAUAUAGGUUUCAAGGACGGUCAGGUGUACGACAAAUGGCGCGCGUACGGGCAGGCAAAGACGGCUAAUAUCCUCUUUUCGGUUGCCUUGGCUGAGAAGCUAGGCUCGAAGGGUCUGAAAGUGUUCGUUCUGCACCCUGGCCCUGUCCAAACCAACCUCGAUCGAUACAUCUCCCCGCAUGACUAUGCUGACCUAUUGGCCCUGGACAAGGAACUUGGGAACAAGGAAGUGGACCUUCCAAAGUUCAGGUACAAGAACGUGAGCCAAGGCACUGCCACCUACGUCGUCGCCGCAUUCGACCCUGCACUCAACCAGCAUAACGGCAUAUACUUGCAAGAUUGCCAAUUAGCGCCCGAGGAGGAGACCAAGCCAUACGCGGUCGACAAGGGUGCUGCAGAAAGACUACGGAAAUUGAGCGAGGAACUCGUAGGGCAGAAGUUCGUUUACUAG